AACAACUAUUCAACCUCAAGCAUUACUAGAGAAGCAUCUCAAAGUAGCAAAUUUUAGGAAAGUGCGUAGGAGUUUUAGUUUGGUUUUGGUCUUUUUGAUAUGAAGAAAAUGAGCCGGUCAUGAAAAAGUGAACAAAAGACAAUCCGGCGCGUGUAUAUACGCGCAGCUGCGUGCGAGCGAGCGAAACUGUAAACAAAGACGCUCCUUUUUUUGAAUGUGCCCAUUUAGCGAUGAACAAGGUUCUUCAGUUCGGUCUCCAUAGCUCCAAGUACGUUUCCAUCUUCGAAUUGUUUGCUGUAUUAUCGCUUUGUUCUUCUUCCGUAAAGUUUAUGGCUUUGGGACAAAAUCAAACCUCGUUGUUGUUCUUCUCUGUUCUGUCUGAAUUGCAAAGCUGUCACCUUUUUCAAUUUUUGUUUCUGGCGGUGCCACUUAGGAGAAGCUUAAGAUUUGGUUCAUCGAUUGUUAGUGUUAGUGUUAGAGUAGUAGGAACAACAAGUUUCAACAAGAGACUCAUGUCAAAUGCUACUACGCCUUUCUCUAUCAACAACAACACCAAGGGAAAGGAAAUGAUGAAGGUAGCAGCAGCUACUGAUCAUAAUUGUCAUCAGAUGGUUGGUUCAAAGGUUGUGAUUGAUUGCUAAGGACUUUUUGGUUCUCCUGUUUAAUUGGUUGGUUUUGAUAAAUGGGGUAUUGUUUAGGAUGAUCAAAAAGAAAUUGAGGCAAUGACUGUUCAAGAACUUAGAGCCACAUUGAGGAAACUUGGAUUACCUGUGAAGGGACUCAAAAAAGAACUUAUCUCAGCUUUACAACUUCAUAUGAAAGCUUAUAACCCAAAGACAAUGAGACUUCCCCCUCUCCCAGAGGGAACCAAGUCUGUGAAGAUUAUGACUUGGAAUGUUAAUGGACUGAGAGCAUUGCUGAAGCUAGAGAGCUUCUCUGCUCUGCAGCUUGCUCAGAGAGAAAACUUUGAUGUGUUGUGCUUGCAAGAGACAAAGAUCCAGGUGAAGGAUGUUGAGGAAGUUAAGAAAGCUCUUAGUGAUGGCUAUGAUCAUAGUUUCUGGUCUUGUAGCGUCUCAAAGCUUGGAUACUCUGGAACUGCUAUUAUUUCAAGGAUAAAACCACUCUCAGUUAGAUAUGGAACUGGUCUAUCUGGAUCAGAUCAUGACAUGGAAGGACGCAUUGUGACUACUGAGUUCGACUCUUUCUACUUGAUAAGCACAUAUGUCCCUAACUCGGGAGAUGGCUUAAAAAGACUGUCAUACAGGAUUGAAGAAGGGGAUCGAACCCUCAGCAAGUACAUCAAAGAGCUGGAGAAGACUAAACCUGUAGUCUUGACUGGUGAUCUAAACUGUGCUCAUGAAGAAAUCGACAUCUACAAUCCUGCGGGGAACAAAAGAAGUGCUGGUUUUACAAUAGAAGAAAGACAGUCCUUUAGAGAAAACUUCUUAGACAAGGGCCUUGUAGAUACCUUUAGAAAACAACAUCCUGGUGUUGUAGGUUACACUUAUUGGGGUUAUCGCCAUGGUACCCGCAAAACCAACAAAGGAUGGAGACUGGACUACUUCUUGGUAUCUGAAUCGAUUGUGGCCAAUGUUCAUGAUUCUUACAUUCUCCCUGAUAUCAAUGGCAGUGAUCAUUGCCCCAUUGGUCUUAUUCUCAAGCUCUGAUCUAUUCAAAGCUUAACUAUUCCAGGCUUUUUUGGUGUUUUGGUUAAGGUUCUAAAUGACUGUUAGCUAGAGAUUUUACAAGUUUUGCUUAUGUGAAAUUUGGAGUUUUCAGAAGUCAAUAUCUUCAUCACGAUGUAGUAUCUUGAAAAUGAAAAGGUUAAUCUUUUGAUA